AUGACUCGGGGCUGCCCAAAGCUGGCGCCCCUGCAGCCCUUGCCGCCCCUGCAGCCGCUGCAGCCGCAGACGCCACCCGCUGUGCUGCCACCGCCGCCUGCCACCGCCUACCUGCUGCCGCCACCAGUCAGUACUACCACUGCCGUCUGCCACUGCCGCCCCCUGCUGCCACUUACCUCUGCCUGCCGCCGCCACCUGCCUUCUGCCACGCACCGCCCUUGCGUGCCUGCCGCGGCCGCCUGCCUGCUUGCCGUUGCUUACCACAGCCUGCCACCGCUUCCUGCCGCCGCCUGCAAUCGCCUACCGCCGCCGCCCUCCACACUUGCCUGCCGCUCCCUGCCUCCCUGCCCCCACCGCUUACUGCCGCCCCCUGCCUCCACCGCCUCCCGCUGCCACAUACGGGCCCCACUAACCCGGCACUUACCGCUGCCGCCGCCCGCUGCUUAUACUCCUGCUUCUGCCUCUGCUGCCCGGAGCUUCCGCUGCUGCCCAACGCUGAAGGCGACUGACGACAGCACUACUGCUGAUGCCGCCGACGCCGCUGAGGCCGCCGCCCGCUGCAGCCGCAGACUCCACCCGCUGGUGCUGUCACCGCUGCCACCUCUCCUGCUGCGCGCUGCCGCCUGCCACCGACUGCCACCGCCUGCCUGCCACUGCCUGCCGCCACUGCCCACCAAUGCUGCCACCGCCGCCUGCCACCACCUGCCUGCUGCCGCCACCAGUCAGUACUACCACUGCCGUCUGCCACUGCCGCCCCCUGCUGCCGCUUACCUCUGCCUGCCGCCGCCACCUGCCUUCUGCCAACCACCGCUCUUGCGUGCGCCCGCCGCCUGCUGCCCGCCGGCAUCCGUGGCCGCCUACCUGCCUCCGCAUCCUGCCGCCGCCUGCCACCGCCGUCUGCUGCCGCAGCCUGGCUCCACCGGGCCCAGCUACCUAACCCUGAGGAUGCAUGCCAACGCUGCCUGCCUACCCCCAACACUGCCGGCACCGCCUGCCUACCGCUGCCACCUGCCAAUCGCCACAGCUGCCGUCUGCCUAAUGCUGCUGUCUGCCGCCUGCCUGCCCCCGCCGACUGCCUGCUGCCGCCCCCUGCUAUAUCCUGGCACCACCCGCGGCCCUUGCCUGCCGUGGCCUGCCUGCCAGCCGCUGCUUACUGCAGCCUGCACCUGCUACCUCCUACCUGCCGCCUGCGCCUGCCUACCGCUGGCACCUGGAACCGGCUGCCCACACUGCCGGCCGCCACUGCAGCCUCCCUCCUCCUGCCACCUUCCCCCGCCGCCUGCCUCCGCUGUCUUCCGCCGCUUCCUGCCACCGCCGCCUGACACCACUGUGGCCGCUUCCUGUUGCCGCCUGCCUGCCGUUUGCCGGCUCUUGCCUGCCUGCGGCCCCAGCUGCCUGCGCCCCACCGCUUCCUGCCGCCCCUGCCUCCACCGCCUCCCGCUGCCACAUACCGACGCCCACUAUCCCGGCACCUACCGCUGCCGCCACCUGCUGCUCAUACGGCUGCUGCCUCUGCUGCCGGGAGCUUCCGCUGCUGCCGAACGCUGA